AUGCUACGACGACUACCCAAGAGCCUCCCAAGGCUAUCUGACCGAACGGCCGUACGGAGUGCUGCUGCGAAUCCUUUCAUCACAACGAUGGCGCGCCGUUUGUCCACCCUACCCGCAGUUGAGCCUCCAGUCUCCGCACCACUGCCCUCCGAUUCGUUUCAACUGCUGGCGACAGAGGACAAGGCGGGGGAUGCAGAGGACCUUCUUUUCCAGCAGCAGGUAGAGGAUGUCAAAAAGUGGUGGGCAUCACCUCGCUACAAGGGCAUCAAAAGACCGUACACGCCAGAAGAUGUCGUGAGCAAGAGAGGCACCUUACAGCAAACGUAUCCGAGCUCGAUUAUGGCACGAAAGCUGUUCAACUUGUUGGAGAAAAGAGCGGCCGAAGGAAAGCCGGUGCACACGAUGGGUGCUAUCGAUCCUGUACAGAUGACACAACAAGCACCAAACCAAGAGAUUCUCUAUGUCUCCGGUUGGGCCUGCUCUUCUGUCUUGACUACCACAAACGAGGUGUCGGCGGAUUUUGGUGACUAUCCUUACAAUACCGUACCCAACCAAGUCCAGAGAUUGUUCAAGGCACAACAGCUUCACGAUCGCAGGAAUUAUGACACCAGGCAAAAGAUGAGUGCACAGGAGCGAAAAAGCACUCCGUAUGUCGACUAUUUGCGACCUAUUGUGGCCGAUGGGGACACUGGCCACGGAGGUUUGUCAGCAGUCAUUAAGCUUGCAAAACUCUUUGCCGAAAACGGUGCCGCCGCCGUCCAUUUCGAGGAUCAACUCCAUGGAGGGAAAAAGUGUGGCCACCUGGCAGGCAAGGUCUUGGUACCAGUAGGGGAUCACAUCAAUCGUUUGGUCGCUGCCAGAUUCCAGUGGGACAUGAUGGGUUGCGAGAAUUUGGUCAUUGCACGUACCGACUCUGAGAGUGGAAAAUUACUUUCCAGCGCUAUUGACGUCCGGGAUCACGAAUACAUUCUCGGUGUCACUUCAGACACGGAACCUCUGUCCGAGCUUCUGCAGGAAAUGGAGCAGAAAGGAGCCACUGGGCCCGAGAUCGACGUCUUCGAAUCUGCCUGGGUCAAGGAACAUAAGCUGGUGACCUUUGACGAAGCUGUCGAAGCUCAUAUCAAGUCAGAAGGCGGUGAUCCUUCUGAAUAUCUCAAGAAAACGGACGAGGACCGCAACAUGUCGCUCUCCAAGCGACGCAAGCUCUCGUCCCAAUAUACCAAAUCUCCCGUGGUAUGGUCUUGCGAUAUCCCCAGGACCCGAGAAGGAUACUACCACUACCGCGCUGGAAUUCCAGCAGCAACGAAACGGGCAAUUGAGUUUGCUCCGUACGCCGACCUCCUGUGGCUGGAAACCGCUACUCCAUCGGUUUCAAAGGCCGCUGGCUUUGCUAGGGAGAUUCGCAAUGUAUUUCCAGGCAAGAAAAUGGUGUAUAAUCUCAGUCCAUCGUUCAACUGGAUGGGUCAAGGGUUCGACGACGCCUCAUUAAAGUCAUUUGUUUGGGACCUGGCCAAGGAAGGAUUUGUGCUUCAGCUCAUUUCACUCGCAGGCCUCCAUUCGACGGCUACGAUCACAAAUGAGCUCUCGAAAGGGUUCAAGGAAGACGGCAUGCUCGCUUAUGUCAACUUGGUCCAAAGCCGAGAAAAGCAAUUGGGCGUCGACGUCCUUACCCAUCAGAAAUGGAGCGGUGCUCCAUACAUCGAUGGUAUCAUCGGAGCCAUCCAAUCUGGGAGCAGUGGAAGCAAGAGUAUGGGUGACGGCAACACGGAAAGCGGCUUCUAA